AUGGAGAGAGUCCACCACACCUGCACCCUGCACCUCCUCCUCCUCACCGUCUUCCCCCUCUGCUGCCAGGCCAGCUGGAUGUGGCUCGGGCUCAGCUCGGCGGGUGUUGCCGAGCAGCGGGGCUGCUCCGACCUGCCGUUUUCCCGCGAGCAGAAGGAGCUGUGCCGAAAGCGACCGUUCCUCCUUCCCGCCGUGCAGGCCGGCGCGCGCCUCGGCCUCGCCGAGUGCCAGUCGCAGUUCAAGCACGAGCGCUGGAACUGCACGUCUAAAGACUUCUCUGUGUUCGGUUACGAGCUAACGAGCGGCACCAAGGAGUCCGCCUUCAUCCACGCAGUGAUGGCCGCGGGGCUGGUCCACGCCAUCACGCGUGCCUGUAGCCAGGGCGCCAUCGCCGAGUGUGGCUGCGACGCCAGCCUGCAGUCUCUGGGUUCCCCCCUGGAGGGCUGGCACUGGGGCGGCUGCUCAGACCACACCCGCUUCGCCACCUGGUUCAGCCGCCAGUUCCUCGACGGCCCCCCGGGAAACACCUCGUUGCCACGGGCAACGAGCCCCGCCCUGCUGGCUGUAAACCAACACAACACCGACGCCGGACGGCAGGCCGUCGAGAGAACCAUGGUGACGGAAUGCCGUUGCCACGGCGUGUCCGGUUCCUGCGCGGUGAAGACCUGCUGGCGGUCCCUGGCCCCGUUCGAGCGUGUGGGGGCGGUUCUGAAGGAACGCUUCGAGAACAGCGUGGAGGUCCUGCAGCGCUUUGCCCGGCAGAAGGUCCGCCGCAAGGACAAGGUGAGCCGCCGCGUGCCGCUGGAGCGCGACCGCCUCCUCUACCUCCACAAGUCGCCCAACUACUGCCUGGAGGACCCGGGGCGCGGCAGCCUUGGCACCCGGGGCCGGACCUGCAGCCGGACCUCCCGCGGGGCGGACGGCUGCGGCCUGCUGUGCUGCGGGCGCGGCUACAACACCAGGGUGGUGCGGCACGUCACGCGCUGCGCCUGCAAGUUCGUGUGGUGCUGCUACGUGCGCUGCCGUCGCUGCGAGAGCGUGACGGACAUACACACCUGUAAAUGA